AUGGAAACGCAAGACAUAACUGCGGUACUGCCCAGUGGGAAACAGCAGACUGUCACGCUAGCAGUAUCAGCCAAGGUUCAGGAACUCAAAGAGAUUUUGCAGCGAUGCUUCGAUCAACAGUUCUUGGUCAUCCUGGACGCGCGAGGUGCGGUGUUGCGGGUCGAUGGUAUGAUUCCUUCGGCUGCAAGCGUUACAUGUGUCGCGCGUUUCCCUUGUCUCGCUUCAACCUGGAAAGCCUUUGCUCUGUGGUGUCACAAUGACCGUGUAGUGACAUGGGGGCAUCCUGCCUACGGCUCCGACAGCUCUGGUGUGUGCAAGCGCCUGCGCAAAGUGGUGCAGAUCGUUGCCAGCGGCCGCGCUUUUGCCGCGGUGACAUCAUACGGAUCUGUUGUUACCUGGGGCUUGCCGAAGAUGGUUGCUGACACUGCAAUGGUACGGCAGCAGCUCUAUGAUGUGAGAAACGUGACUGCAGCUGCCCAGGGCGAGACACAGGAUGGUGACGUGCACCCGCAUCCAGGGCCAUCAGGUCAAGCGGUCAUGCUCCAGCUCGACCACGCCAUCCUCAUAGGUUCAGAGUUUCAAGUUGAAGCAGCGAAUGCUCGUACCUUUCGCAUCGCCCAGCAAGCGACUUUCAAAGAACUCCGGCUGCGCAAGCUUUUGGGCCGUAUUGCUGAAGCCCAAAACCAGCAAAGCCGUGGCCGCCAGCCACCGGCCAUCCUGAUCCGUCGUAUCUUCUCUCAUCCUUUUGUUGUCAGAGAAGGCUUGCAAAGCUUAGGUGAAGCCAGGGAAUGGGCACAGCAAGAAUUGCGUAGCCAUGUCCAAAGCACUCAAACAGAGCAGCUCCAAGCUUGGCGCGAGCGUAUGAGGAACUCUUCAGCCAAGCCUCUAGGCUGCGUGGCACAGCCGCCGGAUGCGAUGGGUGGUCAGGUUCCCACGGUUUGGAAAAGUAUUCGGCAAAUUUUGCUCCAAAAACCAAACGCUAAGUUGCGUGACACGGAUCACGCGUUGCCAGCCAAAGAUUUGCGGCCAAUUGCGAUUCAGAGCGUCAUCUGGCGCGCCAUUGCCUCUGCGUGGACGCGCAGACCGCAGACGCGAGCUUGGGUCACGAGCUGGGUCCACUCCUCAGCCUGUGGCGGCAUCCAGGGGAAAAGUGUCGACACUUCGAUCCCUCAGGGAGACGCCAUCAGCCCUUUGACUCUUCUUGCGGUCCUCACUGGCCUCACAGGCCGGGUGUUGCAAGCAAGGCCUGAACCACACACUUUGGUCACCUUUUUGGAUGACCGAAACAUGGUGGCUAAAACGCCCGAGCUAGCGGCCCGGUUGUGGGACACCUGGAAACAGCUCUCACCGAAGGUGGGUUUGAAAGAGAACGAAGAAAAAAUUCAAAUCGUGGCUCGGCAAGCUGCCUUUAAGCCCAGAUUGAUUGCCGCGGGUUUCGACGAAACUCACAUUGUGCAAGGUACAUGGCUCGGCACGGUCCGUAGCUGGCUCCAAAGUUUGAAUUGGCAUGAAGAGGCCGCAUGGACAUGGAUUCACCCGGACAUUCAAUUCCGGCUUGAUUGGACACAACCCAUUGAUGAAAACACCAAACAGAGAGAACACCAUGCUUUGCGUGAAGCGUGGCGCAGACAACAGUUUCAACAGUUCUUGUCAAGUGGCCGUCGUGAUGCCACUGCUGUACAAGGAAGUGUUUAUCAAGAGGCCAGGGCCAAACUCACGCGCCAAACAUACCAGUCUUCCAACACUCACUCACGUGCUUGCUUGAUUGGUGCCGUUGUUUCAGAUGCCCGUUUAGAUAGGAUUCGAGACCCCAACACCGCACCAGCUCCUUGCAAGUGGUGUGCGUCUGGCAAUGUGCCAACAUGGGAUCACUUGGCCUGGGACUGCCCAGCCUUUGCUGCGACCCGAACGUCGCCCCUGCAUGAUCUUUUGCAGAGAGUGCUAGGUUGGCCAACAGGCCGGAAUGAACAGGUUGAUGCUGCGAUCUUGACCCACUUGGGCUGUGUCCGAGAGCGUGUGCUGGAUCGAAGAUAUCGCAACAUGGCCGGAUGCGCCAGAGGAAGCUUCUUUGUCCAAAAGUUGCGUGGUUGGGAUGGUGUGCCUAGGGAAGGUGAUUCACAAAAGCCGAAGUUGGCAAAAGCACCAGCAUCAGAAGCCUUGCAGGCCAGCACAAGCCCGCAGAGGGGACCUGACCGUUGCAGUCUUGCCCAACGGCUGGCAGCAGGAAGGACGUUGGAGCUGCUGACAACACUGAUGGUAGUGCAUUUCCUGAAGAUCUGUGCUGCCAAAGUCACACAGUUGCAGCCCAGAGGAGGUCUCUUUGCUUUCCGGGACGAUCAGCCGGUGUUCAUUCUGAGUGUAUGGACAAGCAGAAAAAUUACUUUGGCUGAUGUGGUUCCAUUGAAGCAGGCAACUUUUCAAGGACGAACCGUCCUCAAAGCCAAAUACACAGAGACCCGCACAUGCAGAUGGAGUGAGCUCAAAGAUGUCGGCUUACAUUUCCAGGUUGCCAACUGUGCGAAUGAUCGCCGUGGAGCGAGCUUGCUGUUCCAGAAGCAACCGGGGGAAACACAAGGGGAUCAAGGCAGAGCUUUGCGCGAGAAUGCAGCUUUGGCAGCUCUCUGGCAGGCUGGCAAUGCAGAGCUAGGUUUGGCCACUUCAUGCACAGUUGAUCACUCGGUGCGAUCCGUUGUGCCACGUUUGCAGGCGCACCUGGCCGAACGAGCUGCUUCAGGUAUUACCCAUCACGCGGCCCCACGCGCAGAUGAGAGCCGUUCCUUUUGGAUUCUGGACCUGCCAUUGCCAGUGCAAGUGGAUGGUCGCCGCCAUCGCUGCCAUACGUGCGCGCACUUGCGCAUCUUCGACAACUGCACCGUGGAGACACAUGAUGUUGUUGCAGCCUAUCCUGACCUGCGGGCUUUGGUGGAGCAAAUCUGUGGCAAUGCUCUUUCCCUCAAUGUAGCUGGGCGCAUGAAAGAAUUUUGCAGUGCAGUGCCCAAAUCUGUAUCCAUCCGCUCCAUUCUCAUGGCAGCAUUGGAAGAUUACACCAAGGCAGCUUCACGCGAGAUGCAGCGGCUCAUCAAUGUGUACAGUGGUUCAGUGAUCAGAGGAGAUGGAAACCAGGAUGUAGCAAAAAGGAUUGCAAUGUAUGAUGAAGCAGGUCAGAAAACACACCCAUAUACGGUGCUCCUAGCUUGGGUCACGGUAGACGGGGCCUUGUUUCAGCCUGUAACAGCAGCUGAAACAGAAGACUGGGUCGACUUGCAACCUGAUCUGGAUGCUGUGGUAACCAACCUGAAACAGGACAGGCUGGCAUCAGGCCUGUCCUUAGCUGAGGCAGCCCCAGUAGCUCACGCCACGGACAGUUUCAGAAAGCAGCGAUUGCUGCUUGAUGCAUUUUACAAAAACAAGUACCCCAAGGAGCAAGAGGUGGAGGUAAGUGCAGCGAGUCCAGAUGCCCCAUGCCUCAUUGCUGAUCACAAAGACAUCCUGCAGCGGUUGUCCUUGAAACCAAGGGUGGCAGAAGAUGUUCCACCUGUGCUCUCUGAGCCAGGUCUUUUCCUUGAGCUUGAAGAGGUCCAUCAUCCUCUAUUGAAGUCGGUGGUUGAAGAUCUACAGGAGGGUGUGACCUUAGCUGCAGACUUUGGCUUCACAGAGAAUGUAUGCUUUGAAUGUGCUGACACCUGGUUGCAGCUGGAUGCUCUGGAAUUUGACCCUCCAAGGCGGUCUGGAGAUGGCAGCGGCCGGGCAGAUGUGCCGCGGAUUCGCUUGCUCUACAAGCCUGAUUUACACGGAGAUGAUGGGCUCGUUAUAGUUUCCUCUGACGAGGAGGAUGUCAUCUCCCCGCAGCAUGCUCCACCAGACGUGCAUUAG